UUUUCUUUAUUUAAAUGGCAGAAUAUUAUUACUAUUAGCAUUAGAGCUACAUAUGAAAAGUAGUAUAUACAAGCUAGGGAAUAGGACUAGUAGUAAUAAGUUCUAAAGUCAUAUCACACCACACAGUAUGGACAUAUCACUGUGGACAAACGGAAAACCACCUUGUGAUGUCAUGCUAAUAUGUUACUUAUUAACAGAUCUUUAAAAAAAAAAAAACUAGCUUGAGCUGGAUUCACACCAAGAAUGCACUUCCUUCCGCAGUGAAAGGCUGAGCUUUCAAAGGAUCACUUUGGAGAUCGGCUGAAUUUGUUGAAUUCUGCAGUCAACUCCCUUAAAAUGGUGAGAAAAAGGCAUUCCCAGGAUAAGUCGGUUUUUCAUUAUGCGAAUCAGAACAGCUUCCCAAAGCCCGGUGAUGGCUCUCCACUCAGCCUUACAGAUAGCAUCGGAUCAGUGUUUAUGAGUUCAGAUGGAGAAUAUGGUGCAGAGGAAAAAAAGAAAGGUGGAAAAUCACCCAGCCUGUUGCCACAGACCCCUACUAGUGAGGCUGAAUGUUUUGAUGACCGGAAAAAAGCUGGCGCCACUAGGACAAAGAUCAGUGUGGACAGCCCCCUCCUGACAACAGAUAUCAAGAGUGACUCCAAGCCUGAAAGGAAAAAACAUGCCUCAAAUCAGUUCAAGGCAAAUGCUCAUUAUCACAAGCUAUUUCUGGAUGUUCCAACUACAGAGCCACUGAAGCAAAGUUUUACCUGUGCUCUACAGAAAGAAAUUCUGUACCAAGGAAAGUUAUUUAUAUCUGAAAACUGGAUUUGUUUUCAUUCCAAGGUCUUUGGUAAAGACACCAAGAUUAGUAUUCCUGUGCUCUCCAUAACACUAAUAAAGAAAACCAAAACUGCCCUUCUGGUGCCAAAUGCUCUGGUCAUAGCAACAGUCAGUGACCGGUACAUAUUUGUCUCCUUACUCUCCAGAGACACAACCUACAAGCUAUUAAAAUCUGUCUGUAGACACUUAGAGGAUAUAAGUGUUGGCAACAGUCCCAAUCCUUCUUCCGCCGAAAACAGCUUCAGGGCCAAUCGCCCUAUGACCCUGUCUUUGGAUUUCAAUGAAGACUACUCAGAUCUGGAAGGUAUAGUGCACCGUCGGAGACAAGAGUUGGAAGAGUCUAGUAGUACUGGCUCUCAGACCCCUGAAUCAGAACACUUCCAAGAUUACCAUGUCAUUGAGACCCAGACUCAUCUGAAAGUUGCCAAGGCAGAAGCAAAGUCUAUCCAUACAGACCUACGCAGUAAACAUAUGCCUGAAGGAACAGGCAGGAACAUUCCCAGAAAUGGCCAGACUGGAGCCUUUGGAUUCUUCCACAGAGUGAAGUCCCACAGAUUUUUGUCUCUGAACCACAUACUUGUUAUCUAUGCAGUUCUUGUCUGUGUCCUAGUCCUAUCUACCUUCUACAUGAGAUAUAAAAUCAAUGUUCUGGAGGAACAGCUAGUCUCCAUGGCUUCCUUUGUUGCCUCCCAUAUUAAUGACCAGCCAGUGCAACAAGGCCUGGGAUCCCAUCUGCAAAUUAAUGCUGAUGCCCUCUGUGGUGAACUAACAGCUAACCUCAUAAAAUUGGAAAAGAUACAAAACAACUUACAAAGACUACUUGAAGAUGGUGAUUGAAACCUUCAUGUUCUGGACUACUUCAUACCUCAUUCUCCUAUGUCUGAUAAGCAGCAUCAAACACUGCAGUGAACUCUGCAGGCUGGAGUUCGUGUUCCGUUUUUUUUUUUAAUCUAAAGCCACACUUAGACUCCUGCAGUAGCUCCUCUAUCUCAAGAAUCUGGAGAGUGGUUUAUUCUUGUGCAAUAAAAUAUAUCUGUGUAUUCUGACAAUAAUGUCUUUCCAUUGCUAGUCACACAUCAGUAGACACAAUGUGAUUUUUAUAGUUUGGGGCCAAAUUCUGUUCUUGGUUACUCCAGUGUAAAUCUGGAGUAACUCCCUUUAUCUCUAUUUGUUUUUCCAUUUACAUGGAUGUGACAGAGCAGAAUUUGGUCCUGGAUGUACAGCUACAGAACCAUCAUGUGCAAAUGCUUGUUGUCUUUUGGAGAGAGCACCUGUCUCUCUAAUAUUACUGUAGUUAUGAAUAAACACUCCAUUUUUAGUUUUCUUCUCUUCUGCCCCAGUUCCCCAAAAUCUAUGCAUGUGUCAAACAACUUCAUGUCUGGUCUCUCUGGGCCUGAUUCUCUGAGGUGCUGAGUGCACUCUUCUCCUUAUGUGCCAGAUUCUCAGCUGGUGUAAAUCAGCACAACUCCAUUCACUUCAUUGGAGCUAUACCAGCUUAAUGCCAGCUGAGGAUCUGGCCCAUUGACUUCAAUGCAAAUUAAGCGCCCAGUAGAUGACAAGAUCAAGCCCUAUGCAAUCACUCACAAUUUUUACAGAAUACCCCACCCACUAUGAACUGUAGCUUCUGCAAACUGUUUAUAAGGAUAGCAGCCCAGGGUGCCACCUAAGCACAGUUUAAAAUCUCCAGUAUAUUUUAAAUCUAUCAUUGUAACACAGUUUGCUCAUGAUGCCCUCCAGUGCUAACACACUGUCAGCUUUUCAAAGGGUUGCAUGAGGUCUUAGCUGUGCAGUUCCCAUUCCAGUUACUGGGAGUCCCAUAGCUAAUUUGGUCACGGAAGAUCCCACAGAGUCUAUCACCCUUACACAAUGGGAACUGUCAAGUUAAUGAAAAUACAAAGACAGAAGCUAUUCUACUGGAGUGAACAGAAGAAAAAUAGGUGUCCCUCUUGUUACAUUGUUCUGUUUUCACAGAGCCUUAAAUGAUGAAAGGUUUCAGAGUAACAGCCGUGUUAGUCUGUAUUUGCAAAAAGAAAAGGAGUACUUGUGGCACCUUAGAGAUGAACAAAUUUAUUUGAGCAUGAGCUUUCGUGAGCUACAGCUCACUUCAUCGGAUGCAUACUGCUGCAGUUUCCAUGGUCUCUAAGGUGCCACAAGUACUCCUUUUCUUUUUGUUAAAUGAUGAAGUAACUGUUGAUUUUAACUCUUUGCUUUACCAAGUUGGUUGGUUGGUUUUCAUGAGGCAAUAUUUAGAGUAGCAUAAGAUAGAGCCUGUAAGUAAACAGAUUUUAUAUAUGUAUUUUUAUAAUUUCUGUGAAAUGUACCUUAUUUUGUUUAAUAAAAAAUAAACUUUUAAAAA